UGUUCCCAGCUAUUCUUAGGAGCCUCUCAGGAGCGCCACAGCCCAGCCGACAGCCAGGGACAGAGCAGAGGCUGCCGCUGUCCGCACCAGCAUGUCUUACAGCGUGACCCUGGCCGGGCCUGGGCCCUGGGGCUUCCGUCUGCAAGGGGGCAAGGACUUCAACAUGCCGCUCACCAUCUCCCGGAUCACACCGGGCAGCAAGGCAGCCCAGUCACAGCUCAGCCAGGGGGACCUCGUGGUCGCCAUCGACGGCGUGAACACAGACACCAUGACCCACCUGGAGGCCCAGAACAAGAUCAAGUCGGCCAGCUACAACCUGAGCCUCACCCUGCAGAAGUCGAAGCGACCCAUUCCCAUCUCCACGGCAGCGCCCCCGAUCCAGUCUCCUCUGCCAGUGAUCCCCCACCAGAAGGACCCUGCUCUGGACACCAACCCCGAGGUGCUGGCCGGCCCGGGCACGGAGGUCAGGCAGACCUUUAGCGCCUCCUUCUCCCAGACCUCCGCCUUCUCCUCCCACGUGGAGGCCUCUGACCCUGGUCCUCCUCGGGGCAGCCCGGGGGCCAAGACCAGCCCGGAGGGAGCCCUGCCCUCGCUCAGCCCGAAAGCGCCCCAGGGCCCGAGCCAGCCCCGGCAGUAUAACAACCCCAUUGGCCUGUACUCGGCAGAGACGCUGAGGGAGAUGGCUCAGCUGUAUCAGAUGAGCCUCCGAGGAAAGGCCUCAGGUGCUGGACUCCCAGGCGGUGCGGACUACCAGGAGCGCUUCAACCCCAACGCCCUGAAGGACUCGGCCCUGUCCACCCACAAGCCCAUCGAGGUGAAGGGGCUGGGCGGCAAGGCCACCAUCAUCCACGCGCAGUACAACACGCCCAUCAGCAUGUACUCCCAGGACGCCAUCAUGGACGCCAUUGCCGGGCAGGCCCAGGCCCAGGGCAGUGACUUCAGUGGGGCGUCGCCGCUGGCGAGCCUUCCCAUUAAAGACCUGGCUGUGGACAGCGCCUCUCCCGUGUACCAGGCUGUGAUUAAGAACCAGAACAAGCCGGAAGACGAGGCUGACGAGUGGGCCCGCCGCUCCUCCAACCUUCAGUCUCGCUCCUUCCGCAUCCUGGCCCAGAUGACAGGGACCGAGUACAUGCAAGACCCUGAUGAAGAAGCUUUGCGAAGGUCAAGGCCCCAGGCCUCUGCUCAGGGCACGGCCAAGGCGACCGCUCCAGCACCUGCCGCCCAUCCAUACCCCGAAGCCCCAGCUGCUGCUGCGCCCAAGCCUCGGGUUGUCACCACUGCCAGCAUUCGGCCUUCUGUCUACCAGCCAGUGCCUGCAAAUACCUACAGCCCAUCUCCGGGGGCCAAUUACAGUCCAACUCCCUACACGCCUUCGCCUGCCCCCGCCUACACCCCCUCGCCUGCCCCCGCCUACACUCCUUCCCCUGCCCCUGCCAACACCCCCUCGCCUGCCCCCACCUACUCCCCCUCCCCAGCACCAGCCUACACCCCGUCGCCGGCCCCGAGCUAUGAGCCUGCACCCUCGGUGGCCCACAGCAGGGGUCCUGCUGAGCCUGCCAGCCGCCCCCCUUGGGCCACAGACGACAGCUUCUCUCAGAAGUUUGCUCCUGGCAAGAGCACCACUUCCCUCAGCAAGCAGCCCCUGCCCGGAGGGACCUCUGCCUACACCCCAGGUUCCCAGGUGUCCCCCCGCACCAGGGGCACCUUCCAGAGGGCCGAGCGCUUCCCAGCCAGCAGCCGGACUCCACUCUGUGGCCACUGCAACAACGUCAUCCGGGGCCCCUUCCUGGUAGCCAUGGGCCGCUCCUGGCACCCAGAGGAGUUCAACUGCGCCUACUGCAAGUCCUCCCUGGCAGACGUGUGCUUCGUGGAGGAGCAGGGCGCCGUGUACUGUGAGCGGUGUUACGAGCAGUUCUUUGCCCCAAUCUGUGCCAAGUGCAACACCAAGAUCAUGGGGGAGGUGAUGCACGCCCUCAGGCAGACGUGGCACACCGGCUGCUUCAUCUGCGCCGCCUGCAAGAAGCCCUUCGGGAACAGCCUCUUCCACAUGGAAGACGGGGAGCCCUACUGUGAGAAAGACUACAUCACUCUGUUCAGCACCAAGUGCCACGGCUGCGACUUCCCCGUGGAGGCCGGUGACAAGUUCAUCGAAGCCCUGGGCCACACCUGGCACGACACCUGCUUCAUCUGCGCGGUCUGCCAUGUGAAUCUGGAGGGGCAGCCGUUCUACUCCAAGAAGGACAAACCCCUGUGCAAGAAGCACGCGCACGCCAUCAACGUGUAG